AUGUUAGAAGUUUGGGAUUCUAAUCAAUUUUUUUUAGAUUUGCAAGUGCCAGUUUUAGUUCGUUACCCACAGACACCCAAUGGAGUUUUGUUGGUGAACUUUGAUCCUUACAUCUUUGAAGUGAUAAAAGAGUCGGAGUACAUGAUAAAAAUGAAUCUUGAAAUUCCUGAAGCAGCAAAGAUUCUUGUUCAUUCCAGAGAUACACUGAAAGCCCAUGCUUCUCAAAUGAAGUUCUUACUGGAUGAAGACAAAGCUUUAAGAGCAGAAAUCCCACCAAUAUUUCAAACUCUUCUUGGGCCAUCUCUCAAAAGGGUUGACAGUGUGAUCCGGCCUGGAUUGAUCUCUCAUACUUGGACAUCACUGAACUUGCCUACCUACUUCACACAAGUCAAAGAAGCCUUGGCUGAGCUGCAAAUUAUUGUCAAACAGAUCAGUGAUAUCAAAACCACCAGAAUUGACCUCAUGUUAAAAGAGAUAAGUGAGACAUUGCUGUGUGACUUACCAGAGAGAAAUCCACUGACUGUUUCAGAAUUUCUACAGAAGAUGGAGGAAUAUACUGAUCAAAUGGCUGUGGAUAUCAACAAAAUGAGUCAAGUGGUUGAGGAUGCUGUAAAGGAAUUGGUCAGAAUAUUUUUACAGCGAGCACAUUUGGAGCAGAGCUUACUUUUGGAGAGUGGAGCCAGCUCAGACAGAAGUGAAAUAAUCUGUAAGUUGAUACUUCUAGAUCUGUGA